UACUACUUGGGCUUUUUUCUCACGGUUGGAGCUGCUGUGACCAGUGGAUUGUUGUUUCCCUUGGUGGAAUUGAUGUAUAUAAAAACCAAGCAAAGCUUAACUUACAGUUUACUAAUAGAAUGCAGAUUGUGUCUUCUGUGGUUGCUUCUCUUUUCUGCAUUGUUGGGAUGUUUGUCAACAACGACUUAAAGGAAAUUCCAAAAGAAGGUAAAGGGUACGAGUUUGGGGAGGUCAAGUAUUACGUAGUUUUAGUAGCUAUUGCAAUUAUGUGGCAGAUUUACUUCAUUGGAACAGUAGGAGUUAUCUUCUGUUCGACAUCUUUGCUUGCUGGUGUUAUCGUUGCUGUUAUGGUACCCGUUACAGAGAUUCUAGCGGUUGUGUUCUACCACGAGAGUUUUAAAUAUGAAAAAGGCAUUGUUGUGUUCCUUUCACUCUGGGGUUUCAUGUCUUAUUUUUACGGUGACUACAUGAAAGCAAAGAAGCAGAGUUCAGAAUUAGAUCCAGGCGAAAACUUCCCCUCCAGAAACCAACUUGCAGUAAUUUAAUACAAGGAUAUUUGUUAUUUGAGAGUAUUUUGCUGCACUGCUAUAAACUAGGGCGCACAUUCUCCGUAAAUUCACUGAACUCGUUUGUA